AUGACCAGCAGGGCCGAGACGACGCGAGAUCAGCAAGCAGCAGGGCGUAACCGAGCCAGUCGGCCUGUCGUGGUGGAGCGGUAUCUGCGGGUACAGGUACGAAAGGAGACCGCAGGUACCGACAUGUACGUCGUGCUGCGUCGACUCUCUGGGGAAGCGAAAGGGCCGGGAGUGGCCCGUGUGGUGACAGCCCGGGGGUUGACCACGGCACCAGAUGAGGAUGCCGGUUCUGGGGGCGGCAGGAAGGCCCAAGGUCCACAAAAACCAGGCGCUUCCGAGAUGUACCCCUUCCCACGUCAAGGUGAAAGGGAGACGGAGCUAGCGGCCGCUUGGGACCAAGUGUGCGUCCAGCGUUUUCCCAGGCCGUUCGAAGGAAACGGGAUGAGGCGCCACGGGCUGCAGCGAUGCCGGGUAGCUGCUUUGCUUGGCAAGACAGCCGGACAAUAA